AUGGCAACUACGGUGCCGAUCGCCUAUCAGGGCAAUACGUCGGCAUCAGUGCCGGACUGGUUGAACAAGGGCGACAACGCAUGGCAGAUGAUAUCGGCCACCCUUGUGGGCUUGCAGGGCAUUCCGGGGCUGAUGAUACUGUACGGUGGGGUGGUGAAGAAGAAGUGGGCGGUGAACUCGGCCUUCAUGACUUUCUACGGCUUCGCCGCGGUGAUCCUCUGCUGGGUGAGCUGGGCCUAUAGGAUGUCCUUCGGCGACCAGCUCCUCCCCUUCUGGGGCAAGGCUGGGGCGGCGCUGGGGCAAAAGUUCCUGCUAAAGCAAGCGGCGCUGCCGGCGACAACGCAUCACUAUAAGAAUGGCACGGUGGAAACGGCGAUGAUCACGCCAUUUUAUCCGAUGGCGUCGAUGGUAUGGUUCCAGGGCGUGUUCGCGGCGGUGGCGGUGAUUCUGUUGGCGGGGGCGGUGCUGGGGAGGAUGAAUAUAAGGGCGUGGAUGGUGUUUGUGCCGCUGUGGCUGACAUUUUCCUACACUGUUGGGGCUUUCAGCUUGUGGGGUGGUGGCUUCUUGUUUCAUUGGGGUGUCAUGGACUACUCUGGUGGUUAUGUCAUUCAUGUCUCAUCUGGGAUUGCUGGCUUCACUGCUGCUUACUGGGUGGGGCCAAGAUCCAAAAGGGACAGGGAGAGGUUUCCACCAAACAAUGUGCUGCUGAUGCUGGCAGGGGCGGGGCUGCUGUGGUUGGGAUGGGCAGGGUUCAAUGGAGGAGACCCUUACGCAGCUAACACCGACUCCUCCAUGGCAGUUCUCAACACCAACAUCUGUGCCGCCACCAGCCUCCUCGUCUGGACCUGGCUUGAUGUUAUCUUCUUCAAGAAGCCUUCUGUCAUUGGUGCUGUUCAGGGCAUGAUCACUGGCCUUGUCUGCAUCACCCCUGCUGCAGGACUCGUUCAAGGAUGGGCGGCCAUAUUAAUGGGGAUCCUCUCCGGCAGCGUUCCAUGGUUCACCAUGAUGAUCCUCCACAAGCGCUCCACUCUCCUCCAGCACGUCGACGACACUCUCGGAGUCCUCCACACCCACGCUAUCGCCGGCUACCUCGGCGGCAUCCUCACAGGAGUCUUCGCCGAGCCUGAGCUCUGCAGCCUCUUCCUCCCCGUCACCAAUUCCCGCGGCGCUGUCUACGGCGGCUCCGGCGGCAUUCAGAUCCUCAAGCAGAUCGCCGGCGGCGCCUUCAUCAUCGCGUGGAACGUAGUGAUGACUUCCAUAAUAUGUAUAGUGGUGAAGUUAGUGAUUCCGCUGAGGAUGCCGGAGGAGGAGCUGCUGAUCGGCGACGACGCCGUGCACGGGGAGGAAGCGUACGCCCUUUGGGGAGACGGAGAGAAGUAUGAUUCCUCGAAGCAUGGGUUUUAUUCUGAUGAUACUCAGCACCAGAGGCCUUACAGUGGAGCCACUGACGCGGUUUAGACUUCAGAGCUUGGAAAAAAAAACUAAUGAUGUAAUAGUG